AUGUUAGACAGUAGUAGAUAUCCAGAAAAGGUUUUGCCAGGUGAUUUAAUAUCACCAUUAUAUGAUAUCGAUAAUAAUAAUGAAAAAAUUGUAUACAGUUUUCACCCAGGUCCAGGAACUACUAUAACAAAAUAUAAAAUAAACAGCCAAGAACAUAAGGUCUUGAUUGCAACAUUGAAAGGUUUUGUUCAUUUCGAAGAACUAGUAAAGACUAAUAUAGAUUCCGAAGGAAAAGAAUCAGAAAAAAAAGAAGAGAAUGAUACAGAGAAUAAGAAUAAACUUGCUGAUGAAUUAGAGGCACCAGAAGUAAAUUCUGAUAGAAUAAUUAAAAAAUAUACCGUUAUUGUAUCUAAAGAAAAAAAAAACGAAAUGAUGCAAGAUCCCAACUUACAAGAAGGACAACAAGAUGAGGUAAAUAACGAUUUUGCUAAUAACUUACCCAAGGAAGGGGAUAUUGUGUUGUGUAAAGUAACAAGAAUAUCUGCACAGAAGGCUAAUGUCGAAAUUUUAGUGGUAGAGAACAACAAUUGCUUGAAAGAUUCUGGUGUUGGUACAAAUGGUGCUGGUGUAUCUUCAGUCACUGGCGGUUCGGGAGCUGUUACAUUUUUCAUAUCACAAGCCUCCUCUGAUUUGGGGGAAACGUUUAAAGGGGUUAUAAGAUCACAAGAUGUUAGAGCUACUGAAAGAGAUUCGGUGAAAAUUACGGAAUGUUUCAAACCAGGAGAUAUAGUGCGUUGCAAAGUUUUAUCCCUAGGGGAUGGUAACAAUUAUUAUUUAACUACUGCUAAAAAUUAUUUAGGGGUGGUAUUUGCCAAAUCGCUUGGUGGUGCAGGAGAAUUGAUGUAUGCGAUUGACUGGAAAACAAUGAUAGCACCAACCUCACAAGUAUUAGAACAACGUAAAUGUGCUAAACCGUUUUGA